AUGACAAGCAAAGGGAUAAAACCACCAAUGAAGGAAGAAACAGAAAUGAAAGGAAUAAAAAAGAAAAAAGUUGCAUGGAAAGAAGAAGAAGAUGCAAGAUUAAUCAAAGCAGUACAAGAAUUUGGAACAGAUAAUUGGAUAGCAAUACAAAGUACAGUAAUGACAAGAAGUAUUAAAGAAUGUAAAAAACGAUAUUAUAAUCAUCUUGAUCCAACAAUAGAUGGAAGUGGAUUUACAUUUGAAGAUGACAUAAUUAUAUUAAAGAUGGUAAAAGAAAUAGGAAAGAAAUGGAUUGAAAUAAGUCAACACUUAGCAGGAAAAACACCACACCAAACACGACUUCAUUAUGAAAUAGAUUUGAAAGAUUUUCAUCAACAUGAUGAUCAUUCAGAUGAAGAUAAUGAUGGGAAUGGAGAUGAAGGGAAAAAGCCAAUAGAUGGAAUUACACGAUUAAUUCCUGAAGCAAUGGGAGAAGAAUAA